AUGGUGUCUGGUACUGAUGAAGGCGUGUUCCUCGUGGACGACGCGAUCUUCUCGGCCCACGAGGUGCAUUUGAUGACACAGAAAGAGCAGGCAUCUACGAUUCAGCUACGCUCAAUGGACGAGAUCCUGUAUAUCGCGUCCAUCAUAGCGCAGCACCAAUUCACAGUGGACGUGGUCAACAGCAUUCUCGAAUUUGCAGGAGUACUGCUAACGUUCCAAUUUGAGACAUCAGAGUUUCGGUGUGGACACAGUAAUAUGAAUGAAGACUGUUUGCAGCUGCAGUUACCGACUGUAGAACAACUGGAAAUUCCUCCCAGAGUGGACGUGACCAAAUUUCGUUGUUUCAGCUUGUUAGUUCUCUUUUAA